AUGCUUACUCGACGUCAAGAUACAAAAUUAAUCCCCGAUGAACGCUACGCUCGCUACCAUGUUAUUGCAACGUUCAUUGCAGCCGUUUACCAGUUGAUCGACGAACAACUGCGUGACCAACUCAGCGAUAUUGCCAAUUACAAGCAGGGAGGGGCCGAAGUCGACUUUCUGUCCAUAUCACUUUCCACUUCAUGCCAGACACCGUUCGAGCCUUGA